UUUAGUCACGUGAUCAGGUUAUCCGGUUGAAGAAAGGUGUUUCUCCAGCACUUGUUUUUCUUUUUCUGUAAAAUAUAUGAUAUGUUCCGAAGGAUUGAUCCUCCAUUCACUAAAUGCUGAUUUCAUUUGCUGCUUAAUGAUGGCCGGGAAGCCGUUCCGCGCCACCUUUAUCUGGAGCAGCAUCAUUAACAACCUGCAGGCGCAGGUGGAGGUCAAGAGACGACGCCAUAACUUGAAAUCCUACCACAACUGCUUCCUGGGCUCUGAGGCUGUGGAUGUGGUGUUGGCUCACAUCAUCCAGAACAAGUUCUGUGGCGACGAUGAGGUGCCUCGUUUCAAGGCAGUGCGCCUGUGUCAGGCGCUCAUGGACUCACGGGUGUUCGAGGCGGUGGAUACUAAGGUGUUCGGGAAAGACAAGAGGCACGCUAAGUUUGAGGACAGCAGCUGUAGUUUGUACAGGUUUCUGAAUACGAGUGCUAGCAAGAGUACGAUCGAACACACGUAUGAAUCGCCGGCCAUCAACAGGACCGCUCCACCGAAAAGGGAAGAGGAACAGGAGUAUUCAAACACCUCGCCGGUCAAAACAGAUAAAUCUCUGGAGGACGUUUUAGGGAACCUGUACUCAAACACUACCAUCACACCCCAGCUGAUGAACCUGGGUCUGUCGCAGGAGUUGGUGGAUGAGGUCUGGCAGCAGCAGGCAACACUGAGAUUACUGCAGCUGAUCGAGUUGCCUUUACUAGAGAGUCUUCUUGAAGGAAAGGAGAGUCCCCGUCCAUCACUGCACGGUAUGGACAGCGACCCAGAUCUUCUCUACACCAGCAACUAUGUGGACCGAGAAAUCCUCAAAGCCUUCAGUGAAGCUCAUGCCGAUGCCUGGCUCUCAGCAGCUGUGGACUGUCUGGAGUUCCUCCCCGAUCAGUUGGUAGUCGAGGUGAGCCGAGGGCUUGCUAAAUGUCCAGAGGAUACAGCACAAUAUAAACGUCUCCUCUAUAGCAUUCUCAUCCAACACUAUGGCCAGACGGACUACCCUCCACUGUUUAGCAACCACGUCUUCGAUAUACACAGCGGCAUCUCAGAACUGUUAGUUAAUGGGAAGCAGGAGCAGGCUCUGGAGGCCCUGCAGCUCUGUCUAAAGCUCCAGGACUCCCGGAGCAGAGAGGAACUCCGCAGACUCCUCCGCUUCAUGGCUUUCGCUGCACAGCCAAAUGAAAUCAAGCUGCACAAAGAGAUCGAGAACAGGAUGGCGGUGAAGAGAGCGUUCUCCAGUGCUAUCGUGUACAGUGCCAGGCUCGCCAAGGGGAAGGUGGAUCUUCUGGUGCUUUUCAUGAUAGACAACCACUUGGAUCUUUUCAAGAUUCCUGUAUCAUUACACAAGCUUGUUAGUGAUAAACUCGCCAGCAUCAUCAGGGGCAAAGAUCCUGACGUCGUUCCAGGUCCAUCUUACUGUAAACGUCUUACGAGGACCACUUACAUGCAGACGGUACAGACAACCACUAAAGAGGAGCUGAUCGCUUUACUCCGCACCAUUCACGAGAACCCCAAACUUUCCGUAAAAGAGAAGCGGCGACUGCUCGGGCAGUUCUACAGAGGUCAUCCCGAGAUAUUCGUGCAGUAUUUCGGCAACCAGAUAUCCAGUGCUUAUCUGUAACACAAUGCUUUACUGAAAUUCUAUCGCACAUGUUGUACAAAGUAAAAUGUAAAUGGUGUAAAAUGUCUUGUAAAUGUUGUAAAAAAAAAAAUGUAAAAUGUUAUUUACUUUUUAUGCCUGGACGCAUGAGUUAAGAAAGGUCAAAGUCAUUCUGAGACAUUCAGGACAACUUUUAAUGCCUGUAUUAAAUAUGAGUGAUAUUUAUCAGGCUUUUAUCCAAACUAUGACGUUCUAAUGUGACUGUUCUCACAUUGUGACCCUCACGUUAAAAUAAAUACUUGUUUUUUUUUUA